AUGAGCACGGCAGCCGAGCUGGGCGAUGCAGGGCCACGGGGAAGCAAGGAGCAGCAAGAGCAGGCUGUGGAGGCAGCGGGGCAGGCCGUGGCGGCUGCUCUGGCAGGCCUGCUGCAGGAUGCUACAGUGCGGCAGCAGUGCGCCGCCAUGAAGCAGCAGCUGGCCGGAGAGGAUGGGCUAGCGGCCGCCGUGCAGCUGGUGCGGCAGCACCUAGAGCAGUCUGUUGCCGCUGAGGCGCUGUUCAUCCACCGCGAGGUUUUCCUGGACGACUGCUAUCGCCUGGGCUGCGGCAUCACCCAGUCUGGCAGCAUAGUUGUGGAUGCAGGUGCCAACAUCGGCCUGUUUGCUCUGCGCCUGUUGUUGGACCCCCAGCUGGCCCCGUCGGUGCAGCAUGUAUAUGCGUUCGAACCGCUGCCCCUGAUCGCCGACGUGCUUGAGGCCAAUCUGCAGGAGCACGGCCUGACAGACAAGAGAUGCAGGGUUGAGUGCUCCGUGACCACCCUGGCUGACUUUGUGGCGGAGCGGUGCCUGGACAGGAUUGACCUGCUAAAGGUUGAUGUGGAGGGAUGCGAGCUGGAGGUGCUGCGGGGAUUGGAUGCCGCCAGCUGGGCCGCCACCCGCCAGGUGGUUGCAGAGGUGCACGAUGUGGGGGGCCGUGUGGCGGCAGUCAGGGAGCUGCUCGAGGUCCAGGGGUUUGCUGUGGAUGCAGCUGCUGGAGUGGUGUCGUAUCUGUCAGGCCGCAGCGCUCGAGUAUGCCAGCAUUUCCCCCAGGCCCUGGGCGUGGACGACUUCCUGAACCGCGCCGAGGUGGCUCUGUACGCCUUUGGCUUCACCGGCGACAACUCCAUCGCGGUCAUUAACCUGUGCCGCGACGAGAUCACCAACACCUUGAAGACCAAGCUUGAUCAAGUCUUUGGGGCUGAAUUCAACGUGAAUGGCCUCGGCGGGGUCCUAACCUGCGGCGUGACGGGCAUGGCGGCUGGCCUCAGCCACGCGCCUGUGUCACGCACCUCUGGGAAAGAGCGAUACGUGUUCUUCAGUUUCCCCCACAUCAGCAUCGAUGCCAAGGGCGAGGUCGGUGCCAUAUCGCGACCGGGGCGCCCUGGCAUGAGCUGCGCCUGCGGUGCACUCAAGGCUGCGCUGGUGGACAUCCGACGCGACGGGCUGGCACACAACUGCAAGAUACCUGGAGUGCACGACGCGCGCGACCCAGAGUACAGCAUUCUGAAGCAGCGCCUGGCGCGGCGCCUGCGCUUUGAAGGGGCCAGUGAGGACACAGUCUCUGGCAUGUCGCUGACCGACAUCACGUACGUGGCGGAGCGCACCAUCACAGAUGACCUCGAGUUCCUGAUCUCACAAACCGUUGACCCGCGGCGUGCAGACUACGCAGUCAUUACGGGGGUGCAGAUCCACAACUGGGGCUCUGUGUUUGACGACGAGUCGCCCAACCUGGAGUUUGUGGCCCCCACCUCGGUCUAUGCCGUGGUCAGCGGGGAGAAGACAUACCUGGACUUCAGCUCCGUGCCGUCGCUGUCGCCACGCCAGACGCGGCUGCUGGCGCGGGCCCGCGAGCGCGGCGAAGGCGGCGGUGGCGGCGAGGCCGCUGAUGUGGUCUGCAACUCUGGCGGGCCCGGCACGCUGCUGGAGAUCGAUGCACCCUACCUUUACAACAGCAAGGAGCAGCGACGGCGGGAGAAGGAGCGCGCCGACACGUACGCGGCGCUGCUGGGGGAGGAGGAUCUGCACCCGCAGACGCUGUGCCGCUGGCCCGCUUGGCAGUCGCACCUGCGCGCGGGGGAGCCACACCGCGAGGAGGAGGACACCUCGGUGGUCAUCGACUCCCAGUUUGAGUCGGACGGCGAGCUGGAUGAGCUGCUGGGCAAGCUGCAGAACAGGUACAUGCAGCCCACAGGGUACGAGGGCAGCGGCAGAAGCAGCAUCGGCGGCGGCGGCGGCGGAAGCGCCGCCGGCCCGGUCAGCAACACCUCUGGCCCUGGUAGCUUGAGCACUGGGGUGCCGGGAAGCAGCACCAGCACCAGCGGGAGCGCUGCCCCUCUGGCCCACACUGGGCUGCUCAGCCGCCUGCUAAAGACAGUCAAGGACGCCAAGGAGCGCAGCCAGUGGCGCAAGUAG